AAACAUGUUUUUAAGAAUUUAUUUCAGAGCACAUGUCAAUGUUUUGAUAUACGCAAAUAAGAUGGAAGUAGUGAGUGAUGCUUUACUUCAAACUGAAUGCAUCACCGGAAAAGAGCAUAUGCUUCUCAGUAAAUUCAUUGAAGCACUGGGAUCUUUGAAAGCUACUGAAUCAAAAUCAGUUCCACAGCAAACGGACAGCACAGAAGAAUAUCCUAGUGUGACCAGCAACAAUCUGAAGCUAUUGCUUUUAUCAAAUUUAGUUCUGUUGGCAGCUAAAUGUGGUGGCGGGUGCAACUCAGCCGAGUCAAUCCUAAAGAAUCUCAUUCAGGAACACAAACUGAUAGACAUUUUGAUUGACUGUCUUGAUAGUAGUGAUAGAUUUGUUGCAUAUAGUGCGAGCAAGACUCUUGCCACUUUCAUUUGUUCUGUCAAAUCCCAGGUAUUUGGUGAACUUGCUACUCUUAUGGAAAUUCUAAUGAGGCCAUUUCACCACUUAGACUCAAGUGAGGAUGAAGAUCGAGAAUCUAAACACCAAAGAGAUUGGUUGGCAGAGAGGACUAUCUAUCCCUGGGAAGUUGUCACUACUGUGCUUGAAAGAAUGUGCAUACCAGAGCAAGAUAAGGUACAAGUCUGUACGAAUCAUCAUAUUGUUCAUACUGAUAUCGAUGGUGUACUGUAUUGCUGUACCACAGUGGUUGAAUUACUUGAGAAACCAAAAGAAUUGAACACCGUUUUGUACUUGGUAAACUGUGGUCUUCAAUCCAUGGAAGAAAAAGCAAAAACAAACUGUAUGGGUGCUUCACAGCUCUUUGAUAAUGAAGAGAACCAGCUUAUGUCAAUUCUAUUACUAGUUGAAGCAUGUUUAAAUUACACAACCAUGAAGAAAGAUGUAAAUUUAAUCAAACGUUUAAGUAAAUGUGAACAUUUUUUUGUCAAUAUUGUCAAGGUUUUGUACAUUUGUUCUGCUCCAGAAGUCUACAAGAAAUGUUUAGAUUUAUUAAACUUGUACCUUAUCAUUAUGAAUAAACACCAGGAACUACAAUCUACUAGGACUCUCUUAGUUAAACUGAUAUCUCUGAUGAUGGGCAACAUGCUUGAGCGAGCACCAUAUCGUGAUGAUUAUGUCGGAUUUGGAGGCUCUGUAUUCUCUGAUUAUUCAAACCUUGCUAACGAAUACCAUCGAGGUGAUUUAGAAAUGCUUAAGAAGCUUGCAAUGCUGGUUGUUACCAGUUGUGAGUUGAGUCAACAACCAAAUAUGAACAUAGUUCCAGAUUUGCAAAAUGAUGCAAUUACAAGUUUGAACAAGCUGUCUUGUGAGCUAAAUUCCAAAUUGGGGUUUACGUCGAAGACUGUCUGUGAUUGGUUGUUUCAUCUGUAUACUGACCAGGACUCCAGUCUCAUUGGCAUGAUGUUUGCACUCCUGAGAGUAUAUAAUUAUUGCACAUCAGGCAACAGAAAUCCACAGGAGUUGUUUGUGAAUAAACUAGAUCCCCAUGAAAUAUUCCACAGGUUCUUGAGAACAGUUGCAUAUGACCAUAGUGUUCUGUUAGAUCUGCUGAUUUCAAAUGAAACAGAAUUCUUAGCUUAUUUUGUGCAGUACCUCCAUUCAUUAAUUGACACCUGGUCGGCGUUCAUGGACUACCAUUCUAGUAUAGAGUUAGCAAGUCAAGCUUUAGGAACAACAUCCACCGCAGGGCUUGUAGAGGAUAUGGGCCACCAAGGAAAAGGGAACAGCACAACAAAUAAUACUGAAAUUGCUGACAAACUCUUGAGAUCAUCACAUAAACCAGAAAAGGUUGUUUCAAAUCAUAGAGAGGAUAUAAAAAGAGACCAUGAUGUUAAAGAUGCUUUGGAAAAUGUCAGUAAUUGUAAGAAGCUAAGAUUAUCUGAUAACAGGCAAACUACUGAUAUUACUGUUGGUAAUAUGGGUAGUUCCCCUGACAACACCAGCUGUGCUCCUAAAAGUGGCAGACUUUCUUUAGACAAUAUAGGUACUCACCAGCAUGCUGGUGAGCAUUUAAAGAGUGGUCAUUUGAAAAGUCUGCAUCAUCACCCUGAUAAAGAGGAGAAUGAUAGUAAUAGUGAUGAUGAUGCAGAAGACGGUGGUAGUGAUAGUUCAGCUGCUGAUGAUGAUGUUGAUGAUAGUGAGUUGACUCCUUCAUCCUGCACUUUGGACAAAACAAUGACUACCCUAAUAAGAUUACGACUUGCAAUUGAGAGACUCAUUCGAAGAGACUUAUUCCCAUUCCGUGCUGUCUCGCUUCUGCGACUAUUGGAGGAUGUGGAGGGUCUAUAUGAAAAUUAAUUAGCUAAGGACAAUCAGGGUGAAUG